AUGCCUCUUUGUUUGUGUCUUUUCGCCGGAAUUCCAGCUUCCGGGAAGACGUCAACAGCCAGGAGGAUUUCCAGCAUGUCCCGUGAUCUAUCAGUCCAUCACCUCAGCUAUGAUGACUUUGUGAAGCCCGGGACAUGCUACAAGACUUUUAGGAUGGAAAUGUUGUGGAGAAUAGAGGAGUUUAUUGAGAAAUUCCAGAAGCUGGAGUAUCCGAGUGUUUUGAUUGUCGACGACAUUAUGACGUACAGCAGCAUGAGGAAGGAAGUGUACAGCCUGGCUAGGAAGCACAAAACUGGGUACUUUCAGGUGUAUUUCAGAAUUUCCCAGGAAAAAGCCCUGGAGAGGAACAGGAGCCGUCCGAAUGCGGUUCCGGAUGCCACAAUUGCUAACCUUUCUUUAAAAAUCGAGCCUCCUUCGCAAGAUACCAACUUGGAGACACUCACCAUCGAGGAAAAUCAAAGCCUGGACUUCAAUGAGUUCAGAGAAAAAGUACUUUACCAUCUGGCCAAUCCGGAAGAGCCUCCAGAGCCGCCGAAGGAAAAAGAGAAAGUUGAACCAUCUAAAUUGCAUAAAAUCGACCUGAUUCUUCGGCAGGAAAUCUCCAGGAGGAUCAGAGAAGCUCCAGAUCGAGAAACCAUUAAAAGACUAUCAGAAACCCUAAACAGCAGAAGGAAGAAUAUUUUAAAGGGCUUCCGGGAAUCUUCCCGGAUCCCCGAAAGCGUAGAUGAAGUGAGAAACCUCCUGUACAAAGAAUUCCUUUGA